CGGGCGGAAGCGGCCGCCGCCGGUUUCCGUCUCUCGGCGGCUGAGUCACUGGCCGCGCCGCUCCCCGCCGCCGCCGGCCGCCCGCUGCCCCGGCCCCGCCAUGCCGCUGGAGAACCUGGAGGAGGAGGGGCUGCCCAAGAACCCCGACCUGCGCAUCGCCCAGCUCCGCUUCCUCCUCAGCCUGCGGCCGCAGCGCCCCGAGCCCGCCGUGCGCGAGGAGCUCAUGGCGGCCGUGCGGCGCCACAAUAUGGCCCCAUACUAUGAAGCACUCUGCAAGCCCCUUGACUGGCAGAUGGACAUGGAGCUGUUGAAUAAGAUGAAAAAGGCAAAUGAGGAAGAGUUGAAACGUCUCGACAAUGAACUGGAAGAUGCUGAAAAGAUCUUGGGGGAGAGUGAAAUCCGCGAUGCAAUGAUGGCCAAGGCUGAGUACCUGUGCCGAAUUGGGGACAAGGAAGGAGCUCUGACUGCUUUUCGUAAGACAUAUGACAAAACUGUGGCCCUGGGACAUCGUCUGGAUAUUGUGUUCUACCUUCUAAGAAUUGGCUUGUUUUACAUGGAUAAUGACCUCAUCACACGGAAUAUCGAAAAGGCAAAAAGUCUAAUAGAGGAAGGAGGAGACUGGGACAGGAGAAAUCGUCUAAAAGUCUACCAAGGUCUUUACUGCGUAGCUAUUCGAGAUUUCAAACAAGCAGCAGAACUCUUUCUUGAUACAGUUUCAACAUUUACAUCCUAUGAACUUAUGGAUUACAAAACAUUUGUAACAUAUACUGUCUACGUCAGUAUGAUCGCGUUAGACAGACCUGACCUUAGAGAGAAGGUUAUUAAAGGGGCAGAGAUUCUGGAAGUGUUGCAUAGUUUACCAACAGUACGACAGUAUCUUUUUUCACUCUAUGAAUGUCGUUAUUCAGUCUUCUUCCAGUCAUUAGCUAUUGUAGAGCAAGAGAUGAAAAAAGAUUGGCUGUUUGCUCCUCACUACCGUUAUUAUGUACGGGAAAUGAGAAUCCAUGCUUACAGCCAGCUCCUAGAAUCCUACCGGUCACUGACACUAGGGUACAUGGCAGAAGCUUUUGGAGUCGGUGUAGAAUUCAUAGAUCAGGAGCUUUCAAGAUUUAUUGCAGCUGGGCGACUGCAUUGCAAAAUAGACAAAGUAAACGAGAUAGUCGAAACUAACAGGCCUGAUAGCAAGAACUGGCAGUACCAAGAAACCAUCAAGAAAGGAGAUUUGCUGCUAAAUAGAGUUCAGAAACUUUCCAGAGUAAUUAAUAUGUAACACUUUUUUAAAAAAAAUAACGGAAUGAAAAAUUUAGAUGUUUAAGACCAUUUUGGAAGUAAUGUAUACUGUAUGAGUUGAUAUGCUGUAGCUAAGAAAAUUAUAAGUGAGAAGUAGGGUUUUUACAGUCUGCUUCAUUAUGUAAACAACUGAACUGUAUAAACGUUACAUUCAUGUUUUCAGAUCUCAGUUCAUUAAAUCUAUAAUACAGAUGUAAUGUA